AUGUCAGUGAACGACCAGAUAACUCAUAUAGGAAAAACAUUGUCCACAACGGCGUCCGCCUUUCUGAGCUACCAGAAAUCAAACAGCAGCACUCAGGAUGUACUAACCAAUAGUAAACCUUACCAAAAUUUGUUAUCUAACACUGUUAAUAAUGUCAACUCAAGCCCAUACCUAAAAAAAAGAAAUGAACAAUUGCCCCUUAUGAGAAAUGGAUCUAAUACUCUUGAAGAUAUUUAUUCGAAAACGAGAAGGGGCGAUGUAUUUAAGAACAAAUUUACAGACAACAAGACAUGCUUUAGAAUGCACACAUACAUAAGCGAUGACUUGUUGAAUGAAAUUCCAACUAGAGAGGGUCCAAGAGGUAAUUACACGAAUAGCAACGGUAAGCUUUUGAAAGAAGGAGAAGAGGGUGACCAUUCUAGGAAGAACACAUCCAAGAAGGAACCAUCUUUAUUUCAAGGCUUUAAGAGCUACCUACCAAUAGCUGAACUAGCCAUUGAGAACACCGAAAAGUUGAAAGAUGAUACGGAUGAUGCAGGAAACGUUUUGUCUAAAACAACAGAACUAGAACGCAUAGUCCCAGACCUACCUAAUUUCCAAGAUUCGUUCCUCAUACCGCCGGGGGUGGAAACUAAAAAAAUAAGUUCUUCCUAUUCUCCUACUGCAUUGAAAAGUUUUUCUCAAACUCUCGUAAAUAGUCUAGAGUUUUUAAAUAUUCAAAAAAAUUCUACAAUAUCAGAGGUAAAAGAUAUAGAUGUUGAAAUCGAGGACCUAAAGCAAAGAAAAGAGAAACUACUGAGUAAGAUUGCAAACAUAGAACAAAAUCAACUUCUCUUGGAAGACAAUCUCAAACAAAUUGACGAUAGAAUGGAUUUCUUGGAAGAGUACGGAUUAGAGAUCAUUGAAGCUAGUAGUGAUGAAAAUAACAAUAUAGAGGAUGAGAAUACGAGUGACGACGCAGCAGCUUCCACAAAUGGCAAAUGGAAUGGUACUGCAAAGAGUAUUACAUCAGAAACUGCCUCUUUACCUACGAGAAGAAGGCAACAACACCGAGAUGAUAACUCAUCAAAUAAGCUAGGCGCAUUUUAUAGUAAGUCCAAAAAAAGACGUAGAAGAAGCUUUCCAACAUUCCAACAACUUUAUGAACCAGGAACAAAAAUCGGUUCCAUAGAAUCCACACAUGAUGAUUUUAUUACUUGUUUAGAUUUCGAUGCGCCCUUUGGCACUUUGUGUACAGCAGGCUAUCUCGAUCACACGGUCAAGAUAUGGGAUUUAUCCAAGCAAAAGAAACUYGGGGAAUUAGCUGGGCACCUUGCCACAAUUAAUUGCAUGCAAAUUGAUCGUGAUAACGGAACACUUGUCACAGGUGGUAGAGAUGCAGCAUUGAAAUUAUGGAACUUAAAUUUAGCUCAACAGCUUUACCAAGAAAACCAAAACAUCACUUCUCCCACAAGCCAUAUUGAUUCACCAUGCGUUUAUACUUUCGAAUCUCAUAUUGAUGAGAUUACUGCAUUAUCAUUGGAUUCCGAUUUUUUGGUCAGUGGUUCGCAAGAUAGAACUGUCAGACAGUGGGAUUUACGCUCCGGGAAAUGUAUGCAAACUAUCGACUUGAGUUUUGCUAAUGUCUUAUCAACCUCCACCAAUGUAGAUUUAUCAAAGAGCACGCUUCUUACCCAAAGAAGCGAACGGCCCAGUAUAGGCGCCCUUCAAAGUUUUGAUGCGGCCUUGGCCACAGGUACAAAGGAUGGUGUUGUAAGAUUAUGGGAUUUGAGAUCCGGUAAAGUAAUCCGUACUUUGGAAGGCCACACAGAUGCCAUAACAUCAUUGAAAUUCGAUUCUGCAUGUUUGGUCACAGGCUCAUACGACAGAACCGUCAGAGUCUGGGAUUUAAGAACGGGAUUGCUAAAUAAGUUCCAUGCAUACAGUGCACCCGUGCUAUCAUUAGAUUUCUCACAGGAUAACGCCGCCGUUGUAGUCGCUGAUGAAACGUCUGUCCAGGUGUACGAUAGUAUCAAGGAUGAAAGCUGGCCCUGCGUUGAACCCGACAACGAAAUAAACGUUACCGCCGUUAAAUACAAAGAAAAUUACAUGGUCGAGGGUCGUGGCAAUGGAAGCGUGCAUAUUUGGGCAGUCUAG